UAACUCGAUUCGGUUAGCCCUUAUUCGCAGAACGAAUUACCGCGGCAAAAUAUCAAAUGCAAACACAAAUUACCACUGUAAACUUUGAGCUCCUUCAUAUGCCGGUUCGGUCGCAACUUUAUGUGUUUGAAAUAUUCUCUCAGCUCUGCCUUUUCAGUUCGCUGCCAAAGUGAACUCUUUACUCGGGUCCGUGUGCAAAAGUGUGCCGGGGAGUGUUCUGUAGGUUAGACGCACAGUGGAUCAUACCAACAGUUUGAGAAAUCGUGCGUUUGCAUCGAUUUGAGAAGUUGCCACUUCCCUUGCAGCCUGGCAAUGGUUGCUUCGUGCGCGGGCUUCUCCCCGCUACCCCCAGAAGGGUGCGUCAGUGUUUGCGAGAUUGAUGGCAAAGUUGCCCACAAACCAUUCGAAAGUGCCAAUCCUGCUGAAUUUACAAAUACUGUUGUUACCCACCCUGUUAUAUCACUGUCACACGAUGCUGUGCACCUUGCAGCGAGGGAAGAUGCACGCCAUGUUUUUCUCCAUGUGGAAGAGAAACUACUGAAGAGAAUAAUCUCAACAUGGUACGAGCAAGGAACUGUCGAAGCACUAGAACUCGCAGCCACACCCAAUGACCAAUCAGGAUAUAUUCUACAGAUGUCUGCAAGAAUUGCUCUCAAAGCCAUCCAUGCUAUGUCACUUGUUUUAAAUUCUGUGUACCCACAUUUUGGUGAAAGGGGCCAGCACCUUACUGCUUCUGGAGCCCACUCGCGAUCAUUGCAUCACAACCCUGUAAGGUGCAUCGCAUGGCACCCUCACAUCACUAAAAUUGCUGUUGCUGUGUCGGAUGAUUCAGUAAGAGUGUAUACUGCUAUGAGCCCUGGUCUUGUCCCAACUCUCCGGAGUAAAGGCCAGCGAUCUGUGUCUUGUCUUGCUUGGAGGCCACACUCUGCAUCUGAAUUAGCUGUUGGUUGUCAUGCAGGUGUCUUAGUUUGGCAGGUUGAUCCAAAGUCUGUUGUAACUCGCCCAUCCAUUAGUUGCGCAACAGUUUUGAAACAACCAGGACAUUCACCUGUGUCUAGUGUCCAAUGGAAUUCGACUGGCACUCUUCUUGUGAGUGCUGCCACUGGUGAUACAUCAAUGUAUAUUUGGGACGUAGAUCUUCAAGAGUCCAUUCCGCUUCGUCGAGUGGGUGGUGGAGGCAUCAGCCUCGUAUCAUGGUCCCCUGAUGUGCACAAACUGCUGGCUGCAACCACUAGUGUUACUUUCAGAGUCUGGGAUUCUAGCAACUGGGUUCCUGAAAGGUGGCGAGUUCUCUCUGGCCAUGUGCGCACAGCCUGCUGGUCACCUUGUAGUACAGUCCUGCUUUUCACUACGUCAGAAGAAUCUGUGGUCUAUGCUCUUCAGUUCAAACCAAACUGCGCUCAACUGGACACCAUGUUCUACUCAGACACACCUGUCAGUGAACAAGCAGCUAGGGUAGUCAUUAACCUGGCCCAGGAGGAAGUUGGCAAUGGAACUCGGAUUGGUGGUACUGUACUUUCGAUGGUUUGGGAUCGACUUGGUCGUCAUCUAGCAUUGAUUUUUGAAAAUUCACCACUAGUUGCCAUCUACAGAACUGAUUUGGUUCCGCACCUCCUAAUCACACCCAACUGCCUUGUGAAAGGUGCUAGUGGUGAGCAGCCAACCACAAUAGCUUUCCAGAACAACUUUGAUGUGGGCGCAUGCCUGACAAUUGCUUGGUCAUCCGGCCGUAUUCAGUACUUCCCUAUAGUUUAUCAGGAACUAAAAAAUCCAAACCAGUCUGUUAGACAUAAUGCCAGCAUGCAGUACCGACCUGACCAAUCAUUUUUGGAAACCUCAAUGGCGCCUGAUGCUUCUUCUUUUAUGCAUAGUUUCCAAGAUUCCUUCUUGUCUUAUUAAUAUCCAACCUCUUGAGUAAAGGGAUGGAUGUAAAUUCAAGUAAUAAAAAUAAACAAUCAAACUUUUUAAAAACAUUUAAUAAAAUUGUGCAAAUUUUAACAAAUUUUUUU